GAAUCAUCAAAACUUAAAAAUAAAUAAAUAAAUAAUUAUUAUAAAAUACAUAAAUUAAAUUCGUACUAACAAAUAUUUAUCAAUAAAACGCUUUCAUUAUAAUAGUUAAAUAAAAUGAUUGUUGGAAGAGCUUUCAAGUAAACAUGCAAGCUAUUUAAUUAGUAGUAAGCAAGAAUAGUAUUUGCUACUUAGGGAUUAAACUAAGGAAUAAAAGAAGCAGAUCCAUAAUUAAAUGAAAUUAUUUAAAAAGAAAUCUAGCGUUAAAAGAGCACCAUUAAUUUAAUUCCAUCCGAAAAUUACACUUCAUUGUCUGCAAAAUAAGCAGUAGGCUCUAUCAUGAACUCAAAAUAUUCUGAAGGUUUACCUCUUAAUAGAUAUUAUGGAGGUAAUUAGUUCAUUGAUAAGAUGGAAAUUCUUUGUUAAAAUAGAGCUUUAGAAUUAUUCGGAUUGAAUCCUAGUGAAUGGGGUAUUAAUGUUUAGGCUCAUAGCUUGACUCCUGCCAACUUCCAUGUAUUAACUGGUCUUUUAUAAAAUCACGAUCGCGUUAUGAGUUUAUCAAUUGAACACGGAGGUCAUCUUUCUCACGGCUAAAACUUUAAAAGAGAGAAAUUAUCUGCUGGCUCUGUUUAUUUUGAGAUUCUUAACUAUGGAAUUAACGAGAAAUCUGGACUUAUUGAUUAUGAUAAAUUAGAAGAAUAAUCUAAGUAUUUCCUUCCUAAAGUUAUUUUUGGUGGAGCUGACUUAUAUUCCAGAAAGAUUGAUUAUGAAAGAUUGAGAAAAAUCUGUGACUCUAUUGGAGCAACAUUAGUUGUUGAUCUUGGUUAAGUUAGUGGCUUAGUUGCUACUAAGAUUCUCCCUGAUCCAUUUAAAUAUGCUGAUAUCGUAACUUCUGCUACUCAUAAGAGUUUAAGAGGACCUCGUGGUGCAUUAGUUUUUUACAAGUAAGGUGUGAAAGGUGUAGAUAAAAAGGGAAAUGAAAUUAAAUAUGACUUCAAAAAUAAAAUUGAGAAUGCUAUUUUCCCAGGUAGUUAAGGUGGACCUCACAAUCACACUAUUGCAGGUAUUGCAGUUGCCCUUAAAGAAGCCUAGCAAUAAAAUUUUAAGGAAUAUUAAUAGUAAGUUGUAAAGAAUGCUUAAGCUCUUUUCUAAUCUUUCUCAUAAAAGUAAUAUAACAUUCUCACAAACGGAACUGAAAACCACUUAGUUUUAGUUGAUUUCAAGUCCAAAGGUAUUAAUACCUUAUAAUUGAUCCAUUUGCUUGAAUAAGUCCAUAUUGAUACCUAUAGAUCUACUCUUCCUAAUGGCAAAGAAACAUUUAUUAGCUCAUUCCUUGCUCUCGGAACUCAUCCUAUGACUACAAGAGGAUGUACUGAAAACGAUUUCAAAACUAUUGCUGAGUUUAUUGAUAGAGGUGCUUUACUUCUUAAAGAAUUAUCUACAAAGUAGCCUGCUCCAACUUCAGCUCAAGAAAUUUAAAAGUGGGCUGAAUAGAAUGUCCAAUCUAAUUCCUCUCUUCAAAAAUUGUAAUAAGAAGCUGCUUCAUUUGUUAAAUAAUUCGAAGUUCCAAGCAUUUGA